AUGCCCAAGCAGGAUAAUCCUCACUCGGCACCCUCACCCUUGAGCUUGAAGCUCAUUGGCUUUCUUGCCUGGCCCAGCAUCAACAACCGUCUCUUCCUCGGUGUCAACUGCAGUGAGGAUGGGAGUAGCUAUGUGCACUCCAUGCCCAGUGUCAACUUCAUCCUCCCUCAGUACCUCUCCAACUCAGGCCUGCCCUUCAACACACUCCUCAAGCGCGACCAGUUUGUCGAGCACCCAGAUGAGUUGCGCAUGUUCAACAACCACAUGCAUGACAGCGAGGAAGGGUGCAGCAGACAGCGUGGGACAGCAGACCCAGAUGUAUCAGGUGGAGGGACCUCCCUAGGAGAGCUCAUGGUAGCGGUUACACAACAGCGACAACUGAAUGACCCAAGAUUGCAGCAGGAUGGGCACCCUUCCAGGUGGCCCACUGCAGUACCUGCAUUUCUUCCAGCAGGAUGUAUUGAGUUGCCCAGAACAGCAGUGGUAUAUAUUGUCCUGCAGUCAGACCAGAUCUAG